CUGGGAGAGACCCUCCCUCACUGGUUCGUAUGGUUCUAGAAAUGCAGUACCUAGUCUCUCCGGCAAAAGGAGGCAUCGGAUGGGGGGAAGGAUGGGUGAACUGGGCAAUGAUGACGUUCCCCUCAGGAAGUCCUUUCUGGGAGUCAAGCCUCCAUCCUCACUGCCCCAGUCCAUUACAGGGUUAACCCAUAGGGUGACAGCCAAAGAAAAAUCGAGUAGUUGGGCCCACUUUGUCUGCCAUUAUACCAUUAUGACACGGCACCAUCAAGAGCUCUCACAGUCUUCACAGUCGGACAUUCCCGAGGAGCAGAGUCCCACCAAGGCUCCCGCAGCUUGUUCCCAGAAGGGGGAAAUCCGGCUCGAAUCCCGUCACACUCCAGCUGGAGCCAAUCAAUCCUUUCCGCCUCCCAAAAUUCCUUCUCUUCAGCGGAGCGCAGAUGUCUCAGUGCCCUGCCCUCCCCACCCCCAAGCUUCACCGGUCCCAACGACAGUUAGUGCUCUGUCCGACCCCACAGGUGCUGGCUGUUCUAGUGAAUCAUUGAAUAUAUCGGAGCCGGAAGGGCCCACAAAGAUAAAGGAGCCCAACCCUAUAACCCUUCUCCUGUCCUUCCCCCACCCCUACAUCAACCCCACAUAUUUUCAUAAACCUGAUUAGGAGACAUAUUGGGAAGACAGACCUUCUCAGAGCUGCGGUGCCCCAAGGUUCCUCAGUUUCUCUGUUAGUUUCCUUGUGAUGAGCUCUCUGAUUCUUCUUUUUGCUAAUAAAUACUGCUUGAAUUUGAAACUUUAAGGGGGAAAAAAUGCUUUUAAAAAUUGUUUACAUGUAAUUGAUAAAAAUAAAAUUAAAAUUAAAUGUUAAAAAAAAAUAAAAUGCUGCUUGAUAACUGGUCGAACUGAUCCAGUGAUGUGUCUGAAGGGAAAGGAUGAAGCAGUAGGUUGACUUGGAGAAAUGAGGCAUGAGAGAGCAUAAGCAAACGCUAUCUUGAGCUAGUUCCCUGGAAGAAAAGGAGGACAGAACUAGAAUCUGGAAGUCACAAGUUGCCACAAAAUUCCAGAAUUUGAGAGUCAGAAGAAUCUUUAGAGACCACCUGGUCUAAGCCCCUCAUUUUAGGGAUAAAGAAAAUGAGGUUCAGACCCAAAAAGGAAUUUGACCAAAGUCACUCAGCAAGUUAUCAUGAGAAUCAAGACAAUCCAGGUCUUUUGAUCUCAAAUCAAAAGUUCAUUCCACUGGACUUUGGAAUCUUCCUCUUGCAGCCUGAAACCCUUCCUGAAUCUUCCAGAACUGACUGAGAGGAGAGCCUUCUCCAUUCUCUGCCCACUAUCAUGAUUGCUCACUCCUCUCACCUUGCUUAACCUGCCAAAAGAGAAGUGGAUCUUCAAAUACAGUUUAGGAACCAAAAAGGAAAGGGCAAAAAUAUUCAUCGUGCUAAGGGAUGCAUCUUGUGGGGACUCUUUGUCUCCUCAGAGGAUACACUAGACUAAACCUGGCCAAUUCUCCUGUGAAACACUCUCAGAACCACCAUCCUGACUGUGAGAGCAAUACUCUUAUAUUCUGUCUAGUGACUUUUUCCAUGUUACUCAUAUAUCCUAAACAACACAGGGAGGAUUUGAACCCAGGUCUCUAGAUUCCAGAGUUGUUGUGCUCUUUCCUCUCUACCAUACCUGUCACUUUUGAAUGCAUAUUUUCAGUGACCAAAAUGCAACCCCAUUAGCCAAGUUCCAACCCAUCCCCAGUUCCCAAAUUCCCCUCAGCAAGGAAAACCUGUGGGGAAAAAUUCCCUGUACAGAUAGGAACAAUUAUAACCCAGUAUUUCUCAUAUAAGUAUUGUUUUUGGCACUUUCCACGUGGCAGAGUAACGAAAGUGUUAUUUACCCUUUAGGGUGGAUGAGGAGGAAACGGAGACUCUCAGAUUUGCCUAAAGUCACUACAGCUAACACACAUGGAAUUUAGAGGAGGGAAAGUUCUAACAGAUGAAUAAUCCAAGAAAACGGGGGCCAUUGGAAUGCAGACUCCAGGCAGUGAACUUGUCGAAUUGAUUUGAAUUCCCUUUACUGGCAGAGGCACUUCCCUGCCCUGGGGGCCAAGGCAGAAACUGAAGUUAACAGAAACUGAUAGACAGAAAAGUACCCGUGUGCCCCGGGAGGCCCACAGCAUUGGAAAGUCCCCGCCCCUACCUGCCUACCUGACAGCCCUGGGAGCGGGAGCGGAGCGGCAAAACCCCAGUGUUUGCUCUGUCUCAGUGCCCAUAUUGCCUGCCCAUCCACCCACUGCCCCGACAAGGUGUCUUGGCUCAUUGGUCCUGGCUGCUCCGCCCAGCAGGUGAUGUGCCUGAGUGGGACAAAAGCUCAAGGGAGGCCCUUAGGCAGACAGCGGAGACCUCAGGGGUGGUUCUCACUCCGGCUGCAGUUCCAGGUUUGGGCUCCGGCUCUCAGAAAAUGGGCCAGAGGACAGCCUGUUGGGUCCGGAACAGGUGAUUCAAGGUUCAAGCAUCUCCUGCAGCCCGGGUCGGGGACUUGGACAGCAUGAACUGGGCAUUCCUCCAGGGCCUCCUGAGUGGGGUCAACAAGUAUUCCACCAUCCUCGGCCGAGUCUGGCUGUCGGUGGUACUAAUAUUUCGAGUGCUGGUCUAUGUAGUAGCAGCGGAGGAAGUGUGGGACGACGACCACAAAGACUUUGACUGCAACACGCGCCAGCCGGGUUGCGCCAACGUCUGCUACGACCACAUCUUCCCCAUCUCCCAUGUCCGGCUAUGGGCCCUGCAGCUCAUCCUGGUCACUUGCCCCUCGCUGCUCGUGGUCAUGCACAUAGCCUACCGAGAGGAGCGGGAGCGGAGGCACCGGCUAAAGCACGGCCCCCAGGCCAGACCCCUCUAUGGAAACCCAGGGAAGAAGCGGGGAGGUCUCUGGUGGACUUACCUACUGAGCCUGAUAUUCAAGGCUGGUGUGGAUGCCGGAUUCCUGUACAUCUUUCAUCGCCUCUAUCAGAAUUACGACAUGCCCCGUGUGGUCCACUGCUCUGUGGACCCCUGCCCCAAUGUGGUCGAUUGCUUCAUCUCCCGGCCCACGGAGAAGAAGAUCUUUUCCUAUUUCAUGGUUGCCACGGCCGUGAUCUGCAUCCUGCUCAAUCUGGGGGAGGUGUCCUACCUGAUCUGCAAGAGAUGUCAAGAAGUCCUAGGUCCCCAGAACUCUAACCAUCGGAAGCAUCGAAGGCGUGGCCACAGUGGCCCCUUGGGGUCCCUGCAGGAUGCUUGUCCCCCUUAUGCUCCCUCCCAGGCUUUGCAACAAGAUAACCCCACAAGGGAGAUCACAUUGCCUUGUUAAAUACUCUGAAAAGACAGGAUAGUCAUUGAAAAGCCCUGGUUCUGGAGUUCGAAGAACUGACUUCUAUACCUGGGCAAGUGCCCUUUCUAGUCCUAAAUUUUGUCAUCUGUAUAACGAAAUUCAGAUUGGACUAGAUUAUAUCGCAGUAAGGUUCCUUACAGUUUCAAACCUAUGAGCCUGUGAUGUGAUAGUGACAGCAAUACAAGUAUCAUGGAGGGGAGGGAUGGGUGGAUGAGCCAUUACUCCUCUCCUUCCAAUCAGUUUGGCCAGUCCCCUCACUUAAGUAAGCAGCAGACCCCUUGGAAGAGUAGGUGAGGUAAAGACAAACCCACCUCCGGCAACAGAGCCCAUCCCUGGAAGGGCACAGAGCUAAAUAACCAAAAAUGUCAGCUUCCUUCCCCUUAGGAACUCUCCCUUCCAUAUGCCCCAUGGGAGAAGUUAGUGGAGGGAGUGUAGGAAGGAUGUCACCAUGAGGAGGUGAAGACUUACUCAGGAGCUGGGCUGGGAUCUCGUGUGUAUGUGCACCCAUAAAGGGAAAGGAUUCUGAAUAAAAGCAUUUUAUUGAGUACUUGGCAAAUAGCCUUUGCCUUGGAACCCAAGUCAAUAAUACUUAAAGUAAUUCACCCCUAUCCCCUAGGGAGUAAACUCCUGGAGAUAUGGGAUAGAUGGAAGGAGAGAAGGCAAGAUAGAGAUCACUUUGUACAAUUAAAGUUGUCCACUUCUGGAAGGGGCUACCUGGGGAAGCAAUGGAUUCUUCCACAAAUACACACUGGAUAUCUUCAAGCAAAGGCUGGAUUGGGAACUGCUUGCUGGGUCACUUUGGAGAUUACCUCUGAGGUCUUUCCAGAUCUGAGCUUCCUGGAAAGAAAUGAUCCUUGUCUACUUCUAUAGAGUCUGGAUGAUAUCAUGACCCAAAGAGGGCCAAGUCAAUAUUCCUCUUUGGAUCAAGGUGUGCCCCUCUCAGCUAGCAAAGGACAGAGAAGAUGGAGGAAAUCCCAUCAGCUAAGGGACAGGUCCCAAAUGGCUUCCUGGGCUUUGUCCAGAGAUAGAGUUUAAAGAGGAAAAAAUCUGGGAGAGACUGUCAGACAGACAUCUAUGCCCACAACCCUUCCCUCUGCCAGCUCACUACCCAUCACAGGCUGGGAUGUGCCUUCCUGUAGGUGACUCAGCCUUGAGGAUGGAAAGGGACACUUGGGGAGAGACAGUGUUGGAAAGAUAGGGAAGGAGAGAGAGAGAAGCAGGUCACAUCCUGAGAUCAGAGAACUACUAUUCCACUAUCAUUUGUUAUUUGCUUGUUUUCUUCAGUGGGGUAUGAAGGGAGAUAACAAAAAAAAGUGGAAUAAGGAUACAGUUCUCAAAAGAAAAAAUGAUCACAGAAGGAAUCCUGAACAAACUGGACAGCUUUGAAAGUUAUAUAUUGUAUUUGCUAUAUUAUUUAAAAAAAAAAAACCUCUACAUAAUAGAAAUGAGCUUUUUAUGUAUACUCUUCAUCCAUUUUACAAUGUAUGUGAAAAUACUCAUUUUGUUUGUUUUUUGUUAAAUCAAAAUUAUUUAAAAAUAAA